CACUGAGACCAAGGGGUAAUUUGGAGAAAGGAUUUGGGUAAUGAAUUCACAGAAUCUAUAGAUUCAAUAGAAAGUUAUUUUUUUUCCUGCUAUUUGUAUUGUGGAUUUUAAGUUAUUUAUCCCACUAAAUUCCCUUGUCAGUAAAUUUUCAAUAUUUAUCGAGGCAUUCCGAUUCUAUUGGCUGAGGGUGAAUAAGUGAUUUGAUACAAAUUUAGAAUUUUUAUUUUUCAUUGAUUAUUAACAAUCGCAGUUACCAAACAAUGAACAUUUAAAAAAAAUUAAACAAUCUAAAGAGUUAAAAUCUUUGAAUUGUUUAAAUUCUACCGAUUUAGACUCCAAUUUUCAAAAUGAACCCAAAACCUUCGUGGUUUUCUACUCCAUUUGACCUUAGAACCUUUAUGGUUUUCUACUUCUGUUUAUUAGUAUAUUGCUAAUAAAUUUUUGGUUUAUUUUUCAUUGAAAUAAAGAAGAGGGAAAUGGAUUAUGCUUCGAGCUAAUUCCAACAAAGUUAUACAAAACUCAAGUGCUCCACUCCAAGUUGCAACACACACAUUGGCACCGACAGAAAAACCUGAAAGCUUUUUUUUUUACAGCGUCGACUUCAUGUGGUGGCGACAAAAAAUGUAUUUUUAACUCACCACUUUGGGACUUCAAAAGUUCAUCAAAGAGGAGAUCAAAAUCUUGACGAGCAAGUGCCCAAAAUGGAUGGAUUCUUGCAAUUUGAGAUUGGAGCCAUUUUGACUUCCUUUACACAGAAUUAUUCGAUUCAAUGUCUAUAGCACCACUGCUACCUCUAAAAUAUUGUGGGAAGCGCUCGGGAGGAAGUACAAGGCUGAAGAGGUCGGGACGAAUAAAUCCCGUCGGUGCCGAGUUUUUAGAGUACAAGAUGGUUGAUUCCAAAGUCAUUGUGACAUAAAUCAUGAUAAUCAUGGGACUUUUGCCCAAAUUAUAAUGCUAUAAAUCAAAUGUCAAGUAUGUAUAGAAUCAAUUUUUACAAACCAUCCCUAUAAUUUCGUUAAAAGAACUUAUGAACCUUUGGACUUGAUUCACACCGACAUUUGUGACAUAAAUUCAACACCAUCUCGAGGUGGAAAAGUACUACAUAACAUAUAUUGACGAUAGCACUUGAUAUUGCUAAGUCUAUUUAAUUACUACCAAAGGUGAGGCGAUCAAUGCAUUCAAACAUUUCAAAACCAAAGUUGAGAAUAAGAUCAACAAGAAAAUAACAAUGGCCAGAAGUGAUAGAGGUGGUGAAUAUAGAUUUCCUUUUGCAUAAUUUUUUCUAGAAAAUGAAAUUAUUCAUCGAACGUCAUCUCCAUAUGCCCCACCACAAAAUGGAGUUGCGGAAAAGAAGAACUAAAAUAUUAAUGAAAUGAUGAAUGCUUUGCACCUAAAUUAUGUUCUUACCUCAAAUUUUGUGUGCGAGUAUAUUCUUACUACCACACAAAUAUUCCAUCCUAGGUGUAAACCGCUUCAGAUCACACAUAUAUGCUUCGCAGAUGACUUGAUGAUGUUAACGAAUGGCUCUGUUAGAGGAGUGGUAGGUAUUAGAAGACUAAUGGAUGGGUUUUAUAAGCUGUCAGGUUUGAAAUGCAAUGCAUCGAAAUGUCAGUUAUACUGUGCAGGGAUAUCACAGGGGGAGAAACAAGCUAUCUCGGCAUUCACUGAGUUCCCACUUGGUGAGGUGCUUGUUAAAUAUCUGGGUGUUCAGCUUAUUUCUGGGAAGCUUAAACGGUCGGACUGUCAGGUCCUUAUCGCUAAGAUAACGCAGAGACUUCGUAGCUGGAGAUCUAGAUUGCUGAGUUAUGCAGGUAAGAUUCAGCUUAUAUCCACUGUGAUUAGAAACACUCUUCAGUAUUGGCUCAACAUUUUUCUACUGCCUCAGUACAUUAUUAAGGAAGUUGAGAGAUUGUGCAAUGAGUUUUUGUGGGAUUCUGCUGAAAAUGGAACCAGAAAGAGAGCAGUUAUGGCCUGGGAUAAGGUGGCAUUGCCUAGGAAGGAGGGAGGUUUGGGUAUUCGAAACUUUAGUCUAUGGAACAAAGCUUGUAUGUUGAGGCACAUUUGGAACAUUCUGAUUUCAGGAGGGUCAUUAUGGGUGGCAUGGGUCAUCAUAUAUAGACUAAAGCAGAAGACUAUCUGGGAAAUCCCUGCUUCUUCUGCUAGCAAUUGGAUUUGGAAGAGAUUCUUGAAGUGCAGGAACCUAGCUUUCCCCUUUAUCUCUGGAAAUGGGCCUCACGUUCUUUGCGAAGGAGAAAAGAUGCAGAAGUAUUCAGUAACCAGAGUAUGGAAUGCAAUUCGGAUACAUGAGCAAGAAGUGCCUUGGUGGAAGCUUGUAUGGGCUAAAGAGGUUAUUCCAAAGCAUGGUUUUAUCCUUUGGCUUGCACUGCGUGAUAAGCUAGUACUCAAUAAAAUAUCAUACCGUACGAUUUUUGGUCCAAGGGUUUAGACAAAAGGAAGAUUGAUAACGUCGUAUUUGCACAUGUUUGCCCCCUCGUUUCUUGAUCAUUUUGACUUGAGUUUUUGCUUUCUUAGACUAUUUUAUGCUAGGUUGUGUUCCUUUGUCACAUUUCAGGUCCUAUUAUGUAAAUUGAAGCAAAGGCGCAAGUUUCAAGUCAAUCGGAAUCCAUUUGGCAAUUCGAGAGAAGAAACAAGGGCAUGACCUGAGGAAUAAUGGACUUCUACCUCAUAUUAUGGACAAAUAAACAUGGAAGUUUGUCAUGAAAAUAAAGAGGACGAGACUAUGAGCGUCUGGGAUCAAACGGCGACUAAUUCGGAGUCCAGACGAGGGAGAAACGAAGCAUUAAACAGGAGCGGAGGAAGAAAUACGGGCAUCCCCUACCCAAUUACGGGCGUAAUUGCCUCUGCCCUGCCCAUAAAUGCAAUGCCGAGCCAAAACCAUGAGAAUGCCUUCGAAGAUCAAAUUACGAGCAAGAGCAAAAUGAACUACGGUAUUUCACAAAUACUGGCAGUAAUUGGGUAAUUACGAUCGUAAUUCCCCUCAUUAGAGUUAAGUGAAACGCGCGUUUUGGGCGAAAUACGCGCUGACCUUGUUUACGACCGUAAUUCAGACCGUAUUUUGCCCUGAAUCGGGUUUUUGAGGUAGAUUCGAGCCAAAGGAGAGGGAGUCGUCUUUUUGGAGCAAAAACCGAGUUUUAGAGAGAGAAAGUGCGAAGAACAAACCCUAGGAGCUAUUUUGAGUGGAUUUCUCACCAUUAAAGCCCAUAUUGCAUCCCCAGGAGUGAAGAUCAUCAUCCAGGAGCAUAUUGUCCUCAUCUUUAUGAGUAUGACUACUCUGAUUACUAUUUUCCUCUCUCUCUCUAUGGAGUAUAACUUUCUCUCACUUGGGUAUGAAGUACCCUAGUUCCAUGUGUUAGGGAUCUUGAUUGUAAUGACUUGGGAUUGUUAUACUGAUUGAUUUUAAUCGAUUGAUGCAUGAUUUAUUGAGUCAAUUAAAGUCUGAUCAUCUUUUCUUGAUUUCUGCUGCAACCUGAGAUAGAUAGAAUCUGAUUAGGUUGUUAGAGCUUUAUCAAUAGGUAGUGGUAGAUUGAUUAUACUAGAGUUAAUCGAUUUACUGCUUUGUACUGGAAUCCAAUUCCAGUAGUGGAGUUCUGCGUUCACAGCCUCAGCUUUCUAUCCCGGUGAAGACUAGUCGUCUGUCGGGUAGUUGGACUGAGAGAGCUUGGUCAGCUUAAGAGAUUCCAAGCUACUGUCGGAUCUUCCGCAGUUUAAUCAACAGUUAAUCAACCCAGGGUAAUUACAACUGUGACCUAACUGAGGAGCUAGGGGGACUCAUUCCCGAGUGACUCUUCCCUUGCUUUAGAAAACCGAACCAUUUCCUACUUUCUUACUGCUUUUAGUUAAAAUUACAAUCACUCGACUUAGUUUGCUAGAUAAUAGAUAUUCACGGAGUAGGCAGUAGAUCUAGACCCCGGGUUGACAAAUAGAGCUUGCCUGUUACUGCAUUUACGAACUGCGAUUACACUUGGUCGCAGUUUGGUGUUGUGUUUUAGCGUGUCUUGACUAAUUUGACACUUAUGGCCUAGACACGAAGAUUACAUCUAUACAUAUGCUAAUUGCUCUAACCGCCACAUACGCUCUCAAAAUCCAUCAAAUGGAUGUGAAAAUACAUUUCCAAAUGGUAGCCUAGAGGGAGAAAUAUACAUGAAACAACCUAUCGGGUUCAUUAUCCCUAGAUAAGAACAUAAAGAGUGUAGAUUGAUGAAGUCUCUAUAUGAAGUUAAACAAGAACCCAAACAAUGACAUGAUAAAUUUGAGGUAGUAACUUUGUCACAUGGUUUUUGGUCAUUGAAUUUAAUAAAUGUGUAUACAUAGAAAAAUCCACUCCUAACGAAGUCAUUGUUUGAUUAUAUUUCAAUCCCAUUAUUAAUAAUGAGUAACAAUAUUAUUACCAUAGAGGCUACAAAAUAAAUGAUAUCAAGAUAU